AUGCCAGUCCUCUCCACACUUACUAACCCUGGCACAUGGCACAUCCUCGCCUUCGGGACCCUUUUCGGCGCCGAAUUCUACCAAACCUUUAUCAGUGGUGUUGUAGCCUAUAGAGCUCUCCCCAAGCCUAUGUUCUCCCAACUCCAGCAGAAGGCCCUUCCUGUCUUCUUCACGCUCCAAUCGGUUCUCCCAGUAGCCCUGCUAGCCACGCAUCCCACCGCAUCUGCGGUAUCUCUCCUCUCAACAUCCUCGCCGUACUUUUACAACACCACGAUCCCCAUCAUGGUUACGCUCUCAUCUUCGUUGAUGAACCUGUUUUUUGUCGGCCCCGCGACAUCAAAGAUUAUGAAGGAGAGGAGGAUCCAGGAGACGAAGGAAGGAAAGAAGUACUACGACGAAGGGCCGAAGAGUGAGGCUAUGCAGAAGCUGAAUAGCAGGUUUGGAAAGGUUCAUGGAAUUAGCAGUAUGUUGGCAUUGGUAGGGGUACUGGCAACGGGCGCGUAUGGCGGUGUCUUGGGGACAAGUUUGAGGCUAUAA